AUGAGAUUGACCUGGAUAGUUGCAAACGCCCAGUACACAAAUGAAAUUGAUUGCAUCCUGGUUGACACACGGCACAUAUUGCAGGACGUCUCGAUGAUAGCGCCAUUGAACACAAGGAGCGAUCAUCACUUGUUAUGGAUGAAGAUUGUGAUCAACGAACUCAAAGAAGAAAAGGCUUUUCUCAUCUUAAUGAAGAAUCAACGCGUCAAAGCCUUCGAUGUGACGCAGUUGCACGAUGCUACCAAGAGGAAAGUUUGGAGUGAAGUUGAAGAGCUUGAUUUGAACUACAAUUCACUGGUCCAGAAAAUUAAAAACUGCAUGAGGAAGGUGAAAAGUGUAUGCCUGUGA